AUUGAUAAGUUUAAAUGAAAAACGUCAGUGUCACGUGACUGAGGGAAGUUAUAUUUUAUUUCAGAUUCAAAUACGUUACUCAAAGUCCUAUUUGAAAUGACUGUGUUGAUACCCCAAACACGGAAGAAUUCCACAGAGGGUAACAAUGGUCAUUGUAGACAAAGUAUGUUUGGACUAAAAACUCCAAUAUCUAAUUGUCGACGACGUAAUGACCUGGACGAUUUUGAUGGUAUUAGAAGUAUUUUAUCACACAGCAGCGUCGAAGAUCAUUGGACUAGAUAUGUGCAAAAUGACGGUAGUUUAUUCUAUGUUUUAGUCAAGGAAUCUUGUAGCCGAGGAAAGCACAAAACGACCAGAUGCUAUUACCAUUCAGACACAGUACAUGACACAGAAAUGGCGUUAAGCCCUUCGGAAAAACUUUCUUCGAAUGUUCAUGAUGAAGUACAUAAUCGUGAAGCAAGACUUGUUGAAGACAUUAGUUGUAACGAUCCUACAAGAACUCAUACUUGUCAUGGUCAUGAAACAACCAAUUUUAUAAAAUCUAGUCAUGACCAAUAUACCGAUGUCUUUUUAGACGAAAGAGAACAACAUAUUCUAUGUUCAAAGGGACGAUGUAAUUGUAAUAGAAACGACAUAAACUACAAACAUGAUAUUAACCACAAGAGCACAACAAACAAACAUUCAUCAGACCAUGAUUGUGACAGUGGUAUCCAUAGUGAUUCUGAUAGAUCUUCUAUAGACAGUGUAUCGUCAAAUAACGAGAAGACUGCCACGAAACCUAGAAAACUUCACUUUUCUCAUAUGAUCAGUUUUAAUAGAUUGAGGUCUAGAUUUCGACUAGAAAAAUGAAAUCGAGAAGCGAAACAAUUUCAGUUUUUCCUGAUGAUUCAUAAAAAAGCAUUUGUCAUUUACUCUGAUAAUUCAUCUUUGUCAUAAAAGUUUAAACUUAAAUUAUAAAACAGC